GCUGUCCGACACCCAGGUUUACUCGCGCGCGCGACGACGGCGGGGCGCAGCGCCUGCGUAUUCGGGCUGCAGGCAGCCUCGACGGCGCCUGGACGCCGUUUCGCGGCCGGGGGCUGCGGUUAGGGCCCGCAGCUUGCGUAGCGCCAGGAGCGCCAGACCUGUCAACCGGUUGUUGGGCGCUGCAAAGCGCACGCGCCGCCUAGCCUAGAAAGGGGAACACCACAGCGCCGGACGCCGUCACGAAACGCCUUGCGACGGAAGGAGGCUGCCUUUACCAUGGCCGCGCCGCCGCCGCACCGCAUUCGAGUUGUUUGUAGACUAAGGCCCGCCGACGACGCCGCCGUGGAGGUACGAGGCGCCUCGCUCAUCGUGCCGAAGAACCGCAGCGUGCGCGAGUCGCGGGACGAGUUACCAGCUCAAGGUGGGCUGCGGUUUGGCGUCGAUGCCGUCUACGAUCAGAGCGCGUCGCAAGUGUCCGUUUUUGAAGGCGAGGCGGCGAAAUUAGUCGACGGCGUCGUCGACGGCGUCACGGGUACGUUGUUAGCCUAUGGGCAGACCGGCGCGGGCAAGACCUUCACCGUGCUCGGAAGAGGCGGGACGGCCAGUGGCGCGAAAUACGACGACCGCGGCUUGGUACCGCGGUGCCUGGAGCGACUCUUCGCGACGGCCAUGCGGAAAAGACGUUCAGGGCGUGUCGUGGACGUGCGGUUGUCGGUUUGUGAAGUAUACAACGAGACGGUCGUGGAUUUGUUGAGGCCUCCACCGGAGAAGGGGCAGCCGGUCGGCUUGCCCGUCGUCGAGAGGAACGGGUUGACGGAGAUCAAAGGCUUGGAGAAGGCUCCUGUUGCUAGCGCCGCGGACGCGUUGCAGUUGCUCUAUGAUGCGGAGAUUAACAGAGCGGUCGCCUCUCACGCGAUGAACUGCGCAUCCUCUCGAUCGCACUUGGUGGUGACGGGCCACGUCGUCUGUAGUCACGGGGAAGAUGUUACGGAAGCGAAACUAACGAUCGUGGACUUGGCUGGGGCUGAACGCGUCAAUCAAACACAGUCAAGGGAUGGUACAGCGACUCUCAGAGAGGCAGGCUACAUCAACAAGUCGUUGGCCUUCCUAGAACAAGUUGUCGUCGCGUUAGGAGACGACAAGCCGAGGUUGCACAUCCCCUACCGCUCUUCCAAGCUCACGCAUGCGCUCAAGGAUGCCUUAGGUGGCACUUGUAGAACAACUUUGAUUGCGUGUGUGUGGCCCUCCGCAGCUCAAGCGGAUCAAACGAGGGCUACCUUGAGAUUCGCGGCGCGCAUGGGCCGCAUCACGUGCGCUCCGGUCGUUGGUAGACGUAGAAGUGCUUCGGAAGACGCGGCGUCUAAGGUAGUAGCAAGGAAACUGCGCAACGAGGUGGCCGUGCUACGAGCCGAACUGGCGGCUAGAGACUUGAUAAGGGGAACGCCGCCGCCGGCCUACGCCUACGGGCCGCUGACGGACGCCGACGAGGUCCAGAAAUGUGCGAAAGUCGCGCGAGCGUAUGUCGACGACGGCACGGUGCCGCCCGUCAUUACCGUGGGUCAAGUGCGCGCCGUGUAUGCGGCUCUUCGUGACUUGUGCAGCCAGGCGCCGCCCGCGGCAACGCCGGCGGCGCCGCCUUCCGAGACGCCGGCUCGACAAAGCCGGCGCCUCUUCGCGACGCCUCUUGCAAGUCCGCCGCCGCCAACCGAGCAAUUGACGUCAUCUAAUUUAGAAGCGCACCAAUCCAUGACGAACGAGGAACUCUUCAAAAGGUGGCGGUCGUCGACAACAGAUCAAGAAGUUAUUGACGUUGAGGAAGAUUUACGAGCGUGCGCUUCUAGAAAGAAGGAGCUCAAGACCCUAUCCAAGAAACUUGUUACAGAUGUCAACGACGCCAAGACGCGCAUCGACGAGGAGUUGCAAGCGUUACAGGCGACGGGCGGCGCGGACGAGUUCGGCGACGACUCCGAAGCAGCGCAUGCGGUGGCGUCCUCGAAAAUUAGGGAUGCGAAGCGCGUCUACCGUUCAGCGUUCGAAGCGCGGAAGCAGGCCCAGAUGGAACUCGUGCACGUCGACGCGCGGCGGAAGUACUUGUUCCGCUUAUUGGUGGCCAAGUUCCAGGCCGCCCAUGAUUUAGUAAGCACUUAGC